UCCGUUUCUUCCUUUUGUAAACGAGGUAUUUUUUUGCGAUAAUCCAUUCACGACUUAUUUUCUUUAGCGGCUGGACUGUUUUCCGUUUCGCAUGCUGUACAGUCCAUCGAGAUCUUCUCUCCCUUAAGCUAUGCCGUCAAGUCAGGAUGAGUUAGUUGCGGUUGACAUGGAUGAAGGAAGCGAGGCUCCCGGCAAUGGCGGCAAGACCGCGAAAACUCUGACAUGCGUUACAAAGGUCUCUCCUUAUCAAGAUAGCUGUUGGUCGUGGCUGGUGUGUUUUGCCGCAGUCUUGUCAAAUGUUAUCAUUUGCGGAUUCACGUAUAGUUUUGGUAUCUUGUUUCCUGCUCUCUUGGACGAAUUUCAGCAGGGGAAAGCUAAAACAGCUUGGGUAGGCUCAAUUGCCAUGAUGGGCGUUGGACUUUUUGGACCUUUAGUCGGAAACCUUUAUCAUCGUCUGGGUGCGCGAAUUGUGACAUUUUCCGGGACAAUAAUUUGUGCGGCUAGUCUCAUUGUGACGUCAAAAGUGACAAGUCUCUACGUCAUGUAUUUUACUUACGGAUUUUUGUUUAGUUUUGGCUCCUGUGGUGUAUUUAUACUGACCUACAUAAUGGUACCUAAGUACUUUACAAAGUGGCGCUCGCUUAGUUUGGGUCUUAUUGCCAUGGGGCCCGGUGGAGGUUUGUUUAUUAUGAGCCCAAUUGUGCAUGAGCUCUUUAAAGCGUUUGGCUGGAGAGGGACAUUUUCAGCAAUGGCCGGUAUUGUAGUUGUGACAAGUGCUCUGGCUUUUGUUUAUAAACCAAUAGCCGAGUCUAGCAAAAUGGAACUGAAUUCACAGCAAAAGGAGAAUAACAAAUUCUGGGACAUUUCAAUCCUCAAACACAAAGAAUUUGUUCUUUGUACAACUGCCGCUGUCUUGUUUUACACCGGGCACUAUACUCCAACAGUCCAUAUGGUCCGUUACUUGGAGGAGAAGGGAUCUACAGAAGUGACAGCUUCACGUUUAUACAUUUACAGCGGAGUAGCUUCCUUACUAAUUCGACCUGUGAUUGGUCGGUUAAAUGACGUUUCAUGGAUAAACAUGUUGUACAUCUAUUCCAUAGCUGCCAGUCUUGAAGGGGUCUCCACCUUGCUGUUUCCCAUGGCAACAACGAAUAUGCACUUUAUAAUCUACUUCGUGGUAUAUGGUUUAGCCGAUGGAACACUGGGUUGUGGUUUUGCCAUUGCUGUGUUGAAUAGUCUUCCAGAAAGGUUAAAACCUCUCGGAUUCGGGCUUUACAACUGCCUUAGCUGUAUAUCCUCAGCUUGUGGUCCUGGUCUGGGAGGUCUUGUAGCCGAUAUCGAGGGUUCAUACACCCCAGUAUUCUACAUGGUUGGUGCCAUAAUGCUAGCGGGGUCAGCUAUAAUGUUUGCUGUAUCUUGCAAGAGGAAACCCCCGCCUGAAAAGCUGGUCGAGAAGGAGGAAGUGACACUGUGGGAAUCGCUGAUAGUUGUUGAAAAGUGCUCUGUUGUUUAAUUUCUUGUAUCAUUGAUUGGGGCUUGAUUGAAUUGUAAUAGAGGUCGGGGUAGAGUGCCAUCUGAGUAUAACCUUACCUGUGGGUGCUCGAGCUGCGUGAUGAGAACAGUGUCGCAAUUCAUGUUUUAAUCACUACCAACACUUCAGGGAAAUCCUAAAAUUUUGAAGGAAAACAUGCUAGAGAAAUGGUUGGAAGAUUCAGGCGACUUACUAGAAAACUGUCUAUUGACCCUCACAAAAACGAGAACAUUCACGUUUAAGAAUAAAAGAGCUUAGUUUCUAAAGAAA